UGAGCUGUCCGCAGUCACUGUAGUGUAGUAAGUGCAAUACGCUCCACUGUGGUGGUCAGCGCAGACCCUUAACAGACCUCAGUGAGAGUCGAUCACGAUCACAACUACAAACGAACCUUCUGAGUUAUUCGAGAGCUCAGUAAAUUGACGGAGUAUACGGAAAUAAGAUUUACUGAAGAAUCGGGUUUUGAGGUACUAUGCCAGAAUCCAAAUGCCAUUUAGACAUUCAGCCACCUGGAUCCGAAUGACACCUGUAGCCAGCCUCCAUGCUUACCAAACACUAUGCCAAGAUACUUCACAGAAAUGGAUCUUUCUGUACGUGCCGUGGACCCCAUGAGGAAGGACCUCUAAGUUUCUAGUGCCAUCAUCCCCCAGCUUUUCCUCUGAUUCUCUGCAUCUCUUCAGCCAUAUUUUUAAUUGCUCCACCUUUACGUUCGUGUUCACCGGGAUUUCAGGAACAUCAGCAACCAUCAUCACUGGUCUCAUCCUCACCUCAAAGGUUACGACAGCGCUAUUUGACGAUGACGAUGUAUGUCACUGUGGUUUUAGCCGGAGUCUGCCUGCUUCUGAGGCUCUGCACUGGCGCAGGUCAGAAUCCCGACCACGUGCUACAGGGCACUGGAGUAAAGCCUGGAUCAGACUCCAGAAGGCCCGGGGAUGACUCUACUGUUGCUCCAGAAGAUGCUGCCCGCUUCCUCAGCUGCCACUGUUCAGGGCACUGCCCUGAUGAUGCCAAGAACAACACCUGCGAGACGAAUGGGCAGUGCUUCGCCAUCAUUGAAGAAGAUGAAAAUGGAGACGUGAUCUUAAGCUCAGGCUGUAUGAAAUAUGAGGGCUCUCACUUUCAGUGCAAGGAUUCACAGUUUGCACAGACACGUCGAACCAUCGAAUGCUGCCAGUUUGACUUUUGUAAUCGAGACCUAAAGCCAGAGUUACCGCCUCGAGACACCGAACCACCAGACCCUCACUGGCUGGCCUUCCUUAUUUCAGUGACUGUGUGCUUCUGCACCCUCAUCUGUGUCACUGUCAUCUGUUAUUACAGGUAUAAGUGGCAGACAGAGAGGCAGCGCUACCACAGAGACCUGGAGCAGGACGAGGCUUUUAUCCCAGCAGGAGAAUCUCUGAAAGAUCUCAUCAACCAGUCACAAACCUCAGGCAGUGGCUCUGGGCUCCCUCUGCUGGUACAGCGCACCAUUGCAAAACAGAUCCAGACGGUGCGUCUUAUUGGAAAAGGCAGGUAUGGAGAGGUGUGGCUCGGCCGGUGGAGGGGGGAGAAGGUAGCAGUGAAAGUGUUCUUCACUCGAGAGGAAGCCAGCUGGUUUAGGGAGACAGAGAUCUACCAAACCGUGCUCAUGAGGCACGAGAACAUACUAGGCUUCAUUGCUGCUGACAUAAAUGGCACUGGAGCCUCUACGCAGCUGUACCUAAUCACAGACUACCAUGAGAACGGCUCUCUGUAUGACUAUUUGAAGUUCACCACUCUGGACACACAGGCCCUGCUCAAACUGGCCUACUCUGCAGCCUGUGGCUUGUGUCAUUUGCACACAGAGAUCUACGGCACGCAGGGAAAACCAGCCAUUGCUCACAGAGACCUGAAGAGCAAGAACAUCCUCAUAAAGAAAAACGGCACCUGUUGCAUCGCUGACCUCGGGCUUGCUGUGAAAUUCAACAGUGACACAAAUGAAGUGGACAUCCCACUGAGCACACGAAUGGGCACCCGGCGCUAUAUGGCUCCAGAGGUCCUGGAUGAGACUCUAAAUAAGAACCACUUCCAGGCCUACAUCAUGGCGGACAUCUACAGCUACGGACUGGUCAUAUGGGAAAUGGCCAGACGCUGUAUCACUGGAGGUAUCGUUGAGGACUAUCAGCUACCAUAUUAUGAGAUGGUGCCCUCAGAUCCGUCUUAUGAGGAUAUGCUGGAGGUUGUGUGUGUCAAAGGACUGCGGCCCACUGUAUCCAACAGAUGGAACAGUGAUGAGUGUUUGAGGGCCAUGUUAAAGCUGAUGUCAGAAUGCUGGGCCCACAAUCCUGCAUCACGCCUGACCAUCCUACGAGUCAAGAAGACUUUAGCAAAAAUGGUGGAAUCUCAAGACAUUAAAAUCUGAUCAGCAGCUUUUAUUUCGCCUUUGACAUCAUUGUCCCCUUCACGGAGGAGAGCUUGUUAUAUUAUUUCACAACUUUGAAAUAAUAUAACAAGCUCUCUUUCUCUCCUGGAUCAGACAAUGGUGCGUUUGCUGCUUUCUGUGAAAGCUGUAUCAUUGCAAACUUGGAUUACUGCAACAGACUGAAACAGUAAAGUGGGAUCUUCUGGAGGUUUUGGGAAAGGUUGACAUAAACCCCACUGCCUUAAAAUACACUCAAGUUAUCUGCAUAUGUGUCUUUAGAUUCUGGGAUAAACUUCCUGCCAUAUGGAUGAAAUGCUGUUGACUUCUCAUGGAAUCUGUGUAAAGCAUACUGUGAUUGUAAUGUACGACGUGUAAUAUAUUAUAGUAAUAGAUGAACUGACAACAGAGCAAAACUAUAUCAAUAUAAUCUCGUCCAGUUGAGAGCUGUUGUAUCUGUCGACCUAAUAUGUGGCAUUCAAAAAUCAAAACUUAACUAUUCACCUUUUUGUUUAACGCAGAAGUACGCCUAUGGGUGAGACUUCCUGUUCAUCAUCGCUAUAGGGAAAUAACAAGAAUGUAACAAGAGCUGUUUUGUACAGCUAAAAAUAGCUGGACACAUUUGAGACCAGAAGCCAAACCCAUAAAAUUUACAACUGGUCGCACUCUUACGGAGAGAAAAAGGUGGAUACAGUAGUUCUUUUCUCGUCCCCCACAGAAGGUUAAAGGUGAAAAGAUGCAUCAUGCUUUUUCAGUAGAUGCAGUUUUUUUUUUACGAGUGUCAAAAAAAUAGCCUAAAUCAUGUAUUGUUUGCGUUUUCAAAGCAUGCCGUUUUAACAUCCUCAGAAUAGAAAACAUUCCCAGUGCAUUUUUUCACUAAGCCUUUGACCAUAUAUUUUCAUAAAGUAAACCAGCUGUCAAUACAUCUCAUUUUAAUUAGAAAAGAAAAGUCUUCAUACUGACUACCGUCAGUAUGAACAGCUUCAAACAUGCCAAACUCACUGAGCGUAGUUUGUUGGGGGAUAGGUACAUUCCUGAGUUCACGUCAUUUAGAGAUGCUGGGUCAUUUUUUGGUGCGGAUUACGAUGAAUGUGACUUGGUGAUUUUCUGCUCAUAUGUCCUUGCCAAUGUUAUGAAUCAUGUGUUUGAACUGUGUUUAUGUUAAUGAGGUGGCUGAAGGUGAAGGGAACGACUAUAACAUCUGUUAGUCAUCACUGCUUGAUAUUUCAGAAAGGCCUGCCAAAAUGCGGUUUUGGUAGCUGGUACAAUCCAAAACACACAUUAUUGUUGUGUAACAUGUUUACAGAACUCCCAUGCAGAAUUAAUUUUAUUAUUCUUUAGAAAAUGCAGUGUUGUGUUCUAGAAUACUUGUUUAUUAUUCUCCGUGCCAUUGAAAAGACCAAUGUGAUUUGUAAUAGUAGCAAAACAAUUCACAAUAGUUCUUUACACCACUAUCUGGACCCUUAAGACAAGGAAGUGUGAAUAUACAAUGCUUUGAUAACAUCUAAGGUGCUUUGUCACAAUACUUCCGGAACAGGAUGCCCUGAAAUGCCAAAAGGGCAUCUUGAUUAAAACAAUAUGCCAAGGCUACUGACAUGCUUACAAAAGUAUUUAAAAUAUUCUGAAAAUAAAUAAUAGAUCUAUUAAAGGAAACAUUAUCUCACCUCAGAGCGGAUAACUUCAGCAUACUGUACAGUAUGCUAGAGAAACACUAAAUUUGGUGUAUAUGAAAAUACAUUUGUAUACAUUCGUUGCUCUCACUAUACAAGGAAUCUGAGAAAUUGAUCAUUUAUAUCAAAUGCUUUUCUGUGGCUAAAAGGGAUUUAAAGCAUUUACUUGAAAAAUCUCAUCUUUUUUGUUUUGUCUGCAUUUUCCCAAAUAUGAAAUUUUGCAUCCAUCCCCUAUGGCUUCUGUUCUUCAUCCAAACAAUGAGAAUGCACCUACUCACAUAAGUUAUGAAGUAAGUUAAUAGCAUAUGUGUUUUACCAUACUGUAUAUAUGCCUGUAGAUAUUUCGAUGUGCUUCACCAUAGUAUCACUCAGCCCAUCUCAAUGUAAUAUAUUAAACCUGUCUAAUUUGGAAAAACAUUUUUUUUUUU